AAUUUUCGUUCGUAUGUAGGUAUUUCAGAAAGAUCCUAUUUUCUUCGAUAGGAAUUCUCAUAGAUGAACUGAAAACACGGCCGUCUCUGUAGACUGCUGUGCUGAAAUAAAGCAACAAACAUCUAGUCCAUUGUAUAAAGACUAGUCUUCAUACAGUGCCUAUUACAUACAUCGUGCAGCGUGCUGCUAAUGCUUUGUAUCUAGAGAAAUAACAGCAGAGACGUAUCGCAAAAUAGAUGUUUCUUCGACGAAUUUCUUCUGAGCAUAGUCAUAAUUAUAUGCUUCUGAGCAUUGGCUGCAACCAGUGAUACACUUUUACAAUUAAACUUUUCUAUGGCACAAGUUGCCAUAGAAGGCAAGAACGAUUAAACAAAAAAACUCCAUGUUUCCUGGAAUAAUUCCAAUAAGAAGAAGAAAGAAUGAAUCCAACAAUUCCUUAAAACAAAAGAAACAUACAGAGGGUUCACCAUAGACAUAUUAAACAUUUAAUAGGUCUAUGGGUUUCACAAAUUAUUGUUAUCCUCCAUUGUUGAAAACUUUCGAUUAUUUGAUAUAGCUAUAAAAAAUUCUGAGCGAAAAAGAACAUGCCAUUGUACAGAAAACGUCCCAAAAAAUCUUUCCUAUCUCAAGAUGCACCUACUGAUGAAAUUAUUUCGGCAUUCAAAUUCAAGCAGCCCAGUGAGAUAUUUCAAAUCGAAGAGAUAAUACCAGGAAAAGAAGCGGAGAAACGAGAGCAAGUUGGAAUAAAAAUUUCUGAGACAAGAAAUGAAGAUCAGAAGCAAACUUCUCAUAGAACCAUAUCGAAAUAUCCACAAGAAGGGAUACUCCAGGAAAUCGUGGAUAAUAUUGAUGUAAUAAGCAGCUUAUCGGACGAAAUUAACGAUAUGUUUUCGGAAACACACCAAGAGGGCAACAAUAUGAAAACUGAAUUUCAAGGUGAUGGGGAUGAAAAUUCGAAAAAGAAAAAAUCAAAUAACCUGAGAUACUCGCAGGCUAAGGAUAAAAAAAAAGAGUUGCUCAAUUCAACUAAAGGGAAAGAAGACAGGAGCUCUCAAAGAAGCAUGAAUCGAACUCCUGUAAAAGAAGCAUUCAAACAGUUUCUACUUCAGAAGGAGACAAAAUUGGACGAAAGUUUAAUAUCCUCACAAAGUUCGGAUAUUUCUCUGAAUGAUCCGAUUAUUCGAGAAACUUACUCCCAAUUCAUAGGAAAAAAAGACAAAUUUACCAGAGUCAAUACUCCAAAAGGAUUAACACACUAUGACAAAAUGAAAUGGCUGCAGGAACAGAGAAUUGUAGGAGUAUUUGUUCUCUGUGAUAAGUGUGAUAAAACAAGAUAUCUCGAGGAAAUUGAGGACCCCACUGAGCUUCCAGAUAAAUGGUACUGUGAGGAUAACAAAGAUCCAUUGCACAAUAGAUGCGAAAUUCCUGAAGAAAAAUUCCCUGUCCACAUUCAAGAAGAUUGGAUACACAAUUUGUACAAUGCAGGUAGUAUCGUAUGGGCCAGGGUUUGCGGUUACCCAUGGUGGCCUGGAAUGAUUGAUGAUGAUCCAAACACAGAGUCCUACUAUUGGUUGGAUGAUGAUAUUGAUACUGUUCCGUCUUGGUAUCAUGUUACCUUCUUCGAUCAGAAGCAAGUUUCAAGAGCGUGGCUGAAACCUCACGAGAUCAUGGCAUUCAACAAAGUCAAUUACAAUCCAAACCCAGAUUCCCUCAAAUUCAGAUGUUUUAAAACAAGAAUUAACUUUGCGAUCAAACAGGCAAACGAAGCCUUAGGGAUGUCGCUUCGUGAGCGAUUAUCAGUAUAUAGCUUUUUGGAAAGAUUCGAGAAACCAAUAAAAAAACCAAAAGAUGUCUUGAAAGAAACAAAAAAGAAAACUUUAUUGAAGAGAGGAGGAGAACAGGAGAUAAAAUCCAGAAAGAAAAAACCUACAAGUGAACUCAAAGAACUGGAAUCGUUUGAAAUACUCUUCCGUUUAUAGAAUUUAAGAAUUAAAAUAUUAUGAUUCGUUGAUUUGUAGUAAGUGUUGAUUAAUUAACAAUUCCAAGUACUUUGUUUAACUCAAAAUCCAGUUAUAUAUCUGUAUGUAUAUUAAAAAAUAAAAGUCUGAAAUAAA